CUUUUAGAAGGCAGCACCACCACCAUCACCACCUUCAGGGCUUCCUCACUCCGCGGGGUCGAUGCGGUCAUAUCAGACUUACAUGCGCCAUGACUUUCUCCAUCGUACUUUUGCCAUGACGACGACUGCCCGACCACUUACCAUACCGUAUCCGUUGUACCGUACAACAUGAGUCGUUGCCCGUCUACAACCCGUGGUUCAGAUCGGACACCGAUGACUAGAACAUCAUAGACCUCAAUUACGAAGAGGACUGUCCUUCUUUGUCCCAGGCAAUAUAACUGGCCACAUGUGCCAAGUGUGUUCGCGAUACAGCGGUGGUUCGACACCUCAAUGCGCCUUCCUCUCUUGGCGUUUCUGCAUCGAAGCUCUAUCCUUGACCUCCGAGGAUAUAGACGGCCCUUCGCAACGAACGACACACUGCUCGAAUAAUAUGUUCCGUGGCCUGAUCCCUGUGAUUCGACACCGAUGACGUCCAAAAAGGUCAUUUUCCUCAUGGGCGCGCCCACGUCGCGAAGCCUCCAGUGGAAUGAGGAUGAGUUGCUUGACGCACCGAUAUCUCCAUUUCAUAGUUUGGACAUGCAGGAUGAAAGCCACUGGCCUCUUCCAGCUACCCAGUCUGUAAAAUGGAGGUUACUGCAGGAUUUGCGCGCAACGGAAUUUCUCCCUGAGAUCUACGAGUGGGAACCAGGUCGAGAUGCCCGCUUCUUUACCACGCGGGACCUUGCAAUCCCUGAUGGGGACUCGAAGAUGGUCUCGGAGAGUUCAGCGCUCUCUCAGUUCUACAACCAUUCCUUUACCGUUCAUGAAACCUCCGAGAUCUCGACGCCGGGGUUUCACUCUGGCGACUCCAUGCAAGGCAGCGGUGGAUGGGCUGAAAGCUUUGGAACCUCUUUUGCGACAACCAGCGAGAAAGACGGCCUGCCCCCCGGGUUACCGAUCCAAGGGCCUCUCACCGAUCUCCGGGAUAUUCCCACUGUCGCAUACCUGAAAUCCAUCGUGCCGCAGACGAUGACGGUAAAUCUCAUUGUGGCGAUUAUCGCCAUCCACCCUCCACGCCGGGUUGUAACACGGCAGUGGCGGCAAGAGCUGGACCUGAUUGAGGUGGUGAUGGGGGAUGAUACAAGAAGUGGGUUUGGGGUUACGUUCUGGCUCCCUCCUGCGAAUCAUGCGAUCACCACAGGGCACGGUGACGAUGAAGGCCUUGGAGACGCACUGGGCAAGUCGCUGGCGACACUGCGUCCACGGGACAUUGUUCUGUUGCGGAUGGUAGGACUGAGCUCCUUCCGGGAACGGGUGUACGGGCAGAGUCUUCGGAAGGGGAUCACGAAGGUUGACCUGCUGCACCGCCAGCGGGUCGACGUAACCGAUGCAGGCGGGCUUUACAGCGCAAAGCGACUCCGGGAUUUCCAGCAGGACCCUGUAGCCAAGAGAAACGAAGAUCUGCCGCUGGUGAAGGUGAGCAAGGUGCGCGAGUGGAUCAGGAGAUUUGCGCCGGAUACCGCAGGCGGUGACGGGCCUUCCACACGUGGCCUGGCUGGAAGGGGCAUCUUGCCCCCGGACACGCAGGAGUGAGUGGCUGAAUGGUUAUAUAUAGCCCGCAGUAAGGAAUGACUAUCUACAUCUGUGGUUCCCUUUGUACUUUUUAAACUUACAGUGCGGAGGUGUUCUUGAAACCUGCCACAAGCCUUUGCCCGUGACCCAGCUGCCGGGAACACCAGGAAAGGGCGGCAGCAAGAAAAAUCCAGUGGCUGACCAGGAGACACUGAGGAAAAUUGAUGCUUAUCCCUCCUGCAUCGACUAAGGGUGACCGGCUAAGGUAGGUACUACGUCGUGCUAAGGAGGGGAUGCAACCCGACAGUUGAACGCCAUCGUGGCCAAGUAUGAGGCCAACCUCCUAUUGGAGGGUACUUUUUGCAGCUGGAGGUUCUGCAGGUUUUGCUGCAGUAUCUAUUGAGUCUGUAGGGAGUAUCUACACAAUGCUCACUUCUCUAGAUGGAUCUACU